CUUUUUACUACGCAAAAAAAGCAAGGAAUACAAUGUCGGAAUUAUUUAAUAUAACAUCUCAUGAUUUAGAUGAAGAAAAUACACAAGAAGGAAGUAAAGCAAGAAAUUGUGGCAUUUGUAAGAAACAAGUAUCAAAAUAUACUUGUCCUCGAUGUGAUAUUAAAUAUUGUUCUUUAGAUUGUUAUAAAAAUGAGAUUCAUUCACAUUGCACGGAAUCUUUUUAUAAAGAUAAUGUGAUUGAAGAAAUAAAAUCUCAACGUGUAGAUGAUGAUCAAAAACAAAAAAUGUUAAAUAUGUUGAAUAAAUUUGAAAAAGAAAAUGAUGAGAUGGCAAGGGAAGAAAUGGAAUCAAACGAUAAAGAUUUAGUUGAUAACGAUAUAUCAGAGCGAUUUAGAGAUAUUGAUCUUGCUUCUGCAGAUUUUGAUACAGUUUGGAGUAAAUUAACGCCAGCAGAAAAAGAAGAAUUUGAACAAAAAUAUGUUAAUGGAAAAUCAGAUCUUUCAGAAUUAUCAGAUGAAUUACUUUUAUGGAAACCAUGGUGGGAAAUAACGACAGAAUAUAAUAAUCGUAAAAAAGAAGUUUUAUCAUCAAAAAUAAUUGAAUUAAACGAAGAUGAAAAUGAUCUCGAAUAUGAGAGUGAUGAUAGUGGUGGUGAUCUUGCUGAUAGACCCCUUAUUAUAACGGAUAUUAAGAAUUUAGAAGAUUUAAUUAAAACAACUCCAAAUCCUGCAAUAUCCUUAAAUUUAUUAAAUAUACUAUAUGCUUAUGCAUAUACUUGUCGCACUUUUAAUGGGGAUAUUUUUGAACAUCCUGAAGAAUCUUGUAAGGUAUUAUGGGAUUUAUCACCCAUUUUAGCAAAUAAUGACAAUCUGGUAUAUGAAAGUAUUUCUCAAGCUAUUGCUGCAAGUUCUUCGUUAACUUUUCAGAAUCCUAUUUAUAGUCAACCGCAAGAGUUUUCAUAUCUUAUUUUAGAUGAUAUCGUUAAUUUACUUUCUUCAACCAACAAUGUUUUGGCGGCUUUGUCAGAUCUAUAUAGAUUAUUUCAACAAGUUGGAAGUGAAACGAUAACAAAAAAGUCUGCUAGACAAAGAAAGAUUGAACAAAGAUUAUUUUCAACGGAAAAGAAGAUUUACUUUUAUAUAGUAUAUGUUAAUUAUUUGUCUCAACAACUAGGUUCAUCAUUUUUAGAAGCUUUAAGAGAAGGUAUAGAAUUAGAAAGGCAAGAACAGUUAAAAGAAAUAAAGGAUUAUAAGAGAGAUCAAAAAACUAUUGAAAUGUUAAUGAAGAAUGAAAAUAAGCAAGAAAUCAAUCUAAUUCAGGAAAUUUAAAUUAAAUGAUUUGAGAAGGUAUUUUAUUUAGAAUAAGUAAACUAUCAUAUAAUUAACCAUCUAGUCAACCUUAUCAUAAUUAUU